GCUUAAGCUGAAGAGCAGAAGCAAAUACCCAUUUCACUUAAACCAUAGUGAAGAUGGGAACGAAGGCAACUAGGAGGCCUUCAAUGGCCUCCCUCUUUUCCACACUUGUAGUGGCCAUAGUGUCUCUCUCCUGCUUGCCGGCUCAAACCACCGCCAACUACUAUUAUUCAUCUCCUCCGCCGCCGGUGCAUUACUUGCCACCACAUCAUCAUCCCUACAAGUACAAAUCUCCACCCCCGCCGUCUCCGAUCUACAACUCUCCACCACCUCCAACUCCAGAAUACAAGUCACCACCACCACCACCCAAGAAACCUUAUGUUUACAAGUCUCCUCCCCCACCACCUCCAGUUUACAAGUCGCCGCCACCACCACCACCCAAGAAACCUUAUGUUUACAAGUCUCCUCCCCCGCCACCUCCAGUUUACAAGUCUCCUCCUCCUCCGGUGUACAAGUCACCACCACCACCACCCAAGAAACCUUAUGUUUACAAGUCUCCUCCCCCACCACCUCCAGUUUACAAGUCGCCGCCACCACCACCACCCAAGAAACCCUACAUUUAUAAGUCUCCUCCCCCGCCACCUCCAGUUUACAAGUCUCCUCCUCCUCCGGUGUACAAGUCACCACCACCACCCAAGAAACCUUACAUUUACAAAUCUCCUCCACCGCCACCUCCAGUUUACAAGUCUCCACCACCUCCACCACCCAAGAAGCCCUAUAUUUACAAGUCUCCUCCCCCGCCACCUCCUGUCUAUAAGUCUCCUCCUCCUCCAGUGUAUAAGUCACCACCGCCACCCAAGAAACCUUACAUUUACAAAUCUCCUCCACCACCACCUCCAGUCUACAAGUCUCCACCGCCUCCACCACCCAAGAAGCCCUACAUUUACAAGUCUCCUCCCCCACCUCCUCCAGUCUACAAGUCUCCUCCUCCUCCAGUGUAUAAGUCACCACCACCACCCAAGAAACCUUACAUUUACAAGUCUCCUCCACCACCGCCUCCAGUCCACAAGUCUCCACCGCCUCCACCACCCAAGAAGCCUUACAAGUACUCAUCUCCUCCCCCUCCACCCUACAAGUAUAAGUCUCCUCCUCCACCCCCUCCGGUUUACAAGUAUAAGUCCCCACCACCUCCAAUUCACAAGCCACCACCGCACCAUUACCACUAUAAGUCUCCUCCUCCACCCGUUUACAAGUACAAGUCCCCACCACCUCCGGUUCACAACCCACCACCGCACCAUUACCACUAUAAGUCUCCUCCUCCACCCGUUUACAAGUACAAGUCCCCACCACCUCCGGUUCACAACCCACCACCGCACCAUUACCACUAUAAAUCUCCCCCUCCACCUCCGGUGCACAAGCCAGCACCACAUCCUUACUACUAUUAUUCUCCUCCUCCUCCCCAUCACUACUAAGAAAUGGCUUUCACAGGAAAGGAGGGCACUUCAAAUAAAGAAACUCAGAGUUGCAGAGCAUCAAAUUAAGAGACAGAAUCAGAUCGCGUGGCAACAAGGGAAAGAAGAAGGAGAAGAAAUUAAAAACCCAUUAGAAAUAAUAUUUUAAUAUAUUUAUUAAUGAUCAUUGUCGUACCCAUCCCAUGCAUGUACUUGUGUGUCAGACUCCCUUCGCGUGUAAAAGUUUUAACCUCUCGACAAAUUGCGGAGGUCACCUUUUCAUUAAUAAGAAUAAUGAGCUUUCCAAUUUUUCUCCUGUCAA